CCGGACUAUGCAUCAACUGUCAGCCAUGACAAGUCAAGUUUCUCCAGUGACUCCACUCUGGUGACCGAUCCGAAAGUGAAUAUUACUGCCGAGAUUCUUCGUCUGAAUUCACCUGAACUCUGGUACAUCGUUUGUGGAAUGAUCUUAUCUAUCAUCUCAGGUCUGGUACAAGCCUGCUUCGCCAUACUUGUAACGGAAAUCUAUGCGGUAUUCGGAGAGCCAAACGACGAUAUAAAGCUUAAACGAACUUCUGUUUUGUCGGGCAUUCUUGGGGCCAUUGGUUUUGUUCGAUUCUUCUGCCUGGUUAUGGGGGGCUACCUUUGGGGUGUAUCGGGGUCUCGUCUGACGAAACGAUGCCGCGUUAUUCUAUUUCAAGCCAUGUUGAAUCAGAAUGUUGGGUGGUUUGACGACUCCGCGAACCAACCGGGCACGUUAACUGGCAGUUUGGCAGCUGACGUCCCAACACUGCAGAACAUCUCCGGACGCCGUCUGGCUUCCUUCAUGGAAGUCAUAACACUCAUCAUCGCCUCCCUCAUUAUCGCUUUCUACUACUCGUGGCAAAUUUCUCUUAUUGCUCUAGCCUUCUUCCCUGUUCUCAUUGUUGUCGGCGCAUUCAAUAUGAAGCAGUGGACGAAUGAUGGAUCUCGGGCCAACGUGAAGGGAGCGGGCCUUGCGUUUGAAUGCCUCUCUGCUGCAAAAACAGUUUUCAGUUUGGGCGCGGAAAGUCACUUUGUGCGUCGCUACGAGCUGGAAGCACUGCCGUCCCACAAAAAAAUUAUCAAAAGCGCUGGCUCCUACGCAGUCUUCAGUGCCCUCUCCAACUCCCUGGGGAGUUUUCAAAUGGCUGCAGUCUUUUAUGGCGGUGGACGUCUUAUGGAACAGAAGCUGGUGACCAUUGUUGGCAUCUUCCGCCAAUUUUGUUGCCUCCGCAGUGCUCACACGGCGAUAACGUUUGGUGCACAGCAACUCGGUUACCUUGCUGCCUUUGCACCAGACACCAAAAAGGCCAAUGAGGCAGCUGAGAGGAUGUUCAGUGUGAUUCGACGAACUCCCGAGCUUCUGCCUGACGAGGGCGAAUUUCCCGUCAAACCAUUUCAGGGUUCAGUUGCUUUCAAGAACGUCCACUUCCGCUAUCCGACCCGUAGAAAGAUCAAGGUCCUUCGGGUAAGAACCCUCUACUCUACGGAACCUUGUGGCUUUAACUACACAGUCACGCAGGGCACCAGCGUGGCUCUUGUUGGCCAAUCAGGUUGCGGGAAGUCCACGCUGCUCCAACUGGUGCAACGCUUCUACGACCCUAGUGCGAGCUCGUCGACCAGAGUCAGUGAAAUCACCUUCGAUGGAAUGGAUCUUCGCGAUCUCGCUCCAACUUGGAUUCGGCGUCAGAUUGGCGUGGUAUCGCAGGAGCCGAAUCUCCUUGACAUGUCAAUCCACCAAAACAUCGCCUAUGGACUAACCUACGCCGAGCAGCCACCGUCUAUGGAGGAGAUAAUUGAAGCCGCCAAACAAGCGAACGCCCACAACUUCAUUACAAGUCUCCCUCAGGGUUACGACACUCCCGUAGGGGCUCGUGGUUCUCAACUCUCUGGCGGUCAGAAGCAGCGCAUCGCCAUUGCCAGAGCCCUGGUUCGUAAACCGCGGCUCCUCGUGCUGGACGAGGCCACGGCGGCGCUGGACAACGAGAGCGAACGCGUUGUCCAGGCCGCGUUGGACGAGGCUAUGCGGCAGAGUGGCCGAACGACCCUCGUUGUUGCGCAUCGCCUGAGCACCGUGGAGAACUGUGAUCGGAUUGUCGUGCUGGAGAACGGAAGGUGUGUGGAGAGCGGUCCGCCUGCGGCCCUCAUGGAAGCCCACGGCGCCUACUACUCCCUCCACAACGCUGAUGCCAAGGGUAAAAUGGCAUAG